CGAGUCAAAUAAUUCACUCAUCCCGGUUUUUUAACAAUUCAAGGGAUUGAGCAAAUUCUUUUUUGUGUUUCCAAGAAAACAUCACACACCAAGUUCGUUCUCUCUAGCUCAAAUCGCACUGCACACGCGCAGAGUAGGCAACAGUCAGUUCACGAGAGUUGAAUCACACCAAGUCAGUGUUAACACCGGCGCUCACGCGUGUCCGGGAGUUUACUCGAGAACCGUUAUGCCGGAGAAAGAUAAGCAAGCCUAUUAAGAUGAGAUGCUGGACGACUUUCCCUAACUACGUCCCAAUGGAACGUAACUUCCUGCUAUUUCCUUGGUGAAGACAGAAAAGUACCAUUUGGAAAAUAAAUGGAUUCGAGCUCAUAAUAUUUCAUGAGAGAUGCUCCAGGAGAAGGCCUCAGCUGUGACGGAUGACAGUGUGACUGGGGUCCAGCCUGGAGGGCCCUCAGACCUCAGCCCUGACUCCGCUAACCUGGGCCUGCCUACAACUCCCAGCAUCUCCCAGGGCAAUGAGCCAGACCAGAAUAUUGAGAACAUCAAGGUUCUUCUUCAUGAGAGGGAGCUGUGGAAGAAGUUCCAUGAGGCGGGAACAGAGAUGAUCAUAACGAAAGCAGGCAGGGGAUAUGGGAUGCAGCAGGUCAACUGUACUGGAGUACAGACCCUUUGA